UUUCCAUCGCCCCAUAUUUGCUGAAAUUCACCCAGGACCCAGCGAUAAAGGACCAUCGGCGAUAUGGCGCUGAAAACACUCGUCGGACAGAAAAUCAUGAAUGAUGCGAUCAAGCAGAAAAAGAAAGGAAAAGAGGUCGAGUGGAGGGUGCUUGUCGUGGACCAACUUGCGAUGAGGAUGGUCUCGGCAUGUUGUAAAAUGCACGAAAUAUCUGCCGAAGGGUUAACAAUCGUGGAAGACAUCCACAAGAAAAGGGAGCCACUGCCGACAAUGGAGGCUGUUUACUUGAUAACUCCGAGCGAAAAAUCAGUCCACGCUCUGAUGAAUGAUUUUGCCUCUCCGAACCGCAGCAUGUACAAAGCAGCCCAUGUAUAUUUUACAGAGGUCUGUCAGGAGGAAUUGUUUAACGAGUUGUGCAAGUCUUGUGCAGCAAGAAAAAUUAAGACGUUGAAAGAAAUCAACAUUGCUUUCUUGCCUUAUGAAGGCCAGGUGUUUUCACUUGACGCCCCAGAGACUUUUCAGUGUUUUUACAACCCUUCCCUCAUCAGCAGCCGUGUCGCAAAUAUGGAAAGGAUAGCCGAACAAAUCGCCACACUAUGUGCCACUCUUGGAGAAUACCCGGCUGUAAGAUAUAGGAGUGAUUUUGACAGAAAUGUAGAGUUGGCUCAGCUCGUACAGCAGAAGUUGGAUGCUUACAAAGCCGACGAACCGACAAUGGGUGAGGGUCCAGAAAAGGCUCGUUCUCAUCUACUUAUUCUCGAUAGGGGUUUCGACUGCGUCUCUCCACUCCUCCAUGAGCUAACUCUGCAAGCCAUGGCAUACGAUCUUCUACCGAUCGAGAAUGAUGUUUACAAGUAUGAGGCAACAGCCGGGCAGCCUGAAAAAGAAGUCCUUCUCGAUGAAAAUGACGAACUUUGGGUCGAACUGAGACACCAGCACAUCGCCGUUGUUUCACAGAAUGUAACUAAAAAUUUGAAAAAAUUCAUUGACUCGAAACGAAUGCCCCAAGGAGACAAACAAUCCAUGAGGGAUUUAAGCCAGAUGAUUAAAAAGAUGCCUCAGUACCAGAAAGAACUUUCAAAAUAUUCCACUCAUCUUCAUCUGGCUGAAGAUUGCAUGAAAGCUUACCAAGGUUAUGUUGAUAAGCUUUGCAAAGUUGAACAGGAUUUGGCGAUGGGAACAGAUGCCGAGGGGGAACGCAUCAAGGAUCACAUGAGGAACAUUGUUCCCAUCCUUUUGGACCAGGCGGUUACCAAUUACGACAAGAUGAGGAUCAUCCUUCUCUACACACUGUCCAAAAACGGUAUUUCAGAUGAGAACCUCAACAAACUGGUCCAGCACGCCCAGAUCCAACCUCAUGAGAAGCAGGCCAUUGUCAACUUGGGCAAUCUUGGGCUUAAUGUUGUUGUCGAUGGCCCAAGGAUAAAAAUAUACACACCACCCAGGAAAGAGAGGAUUACUGAGCAAACGUAUCAGAUGUCAAGGUGGACACCAGUCAUCAAGGAUUUAAUGGAGGACUGUAUAGAUGAAAAGCUCGAUAUUAAGCAUUUCCCUUAUCUUGCUGGUCGAGCAGCCUCCUCAGGUUACCAUGCACCAUCAAGUGUACGGUAUGGACAUUGGCAUAAGGACAAAGGACAACAGACAGUAAAAAAUGUUCCUAGGCUUAUUGUUUUCAUUAUUGGUGGUGUUACUUACUCAGAGAUACGCUGUGCCUAUGAAGUUACCAACGCUGUAAAAAAUUGGGAAGUGAUAAUUGGUUCAUCCCACAUCCUCACACCUGAAGACUUCCUUAGCAAUCUGUCAAACUUGAGCAACUAAGAGGGAGGAAGAUGAGUAGCCUCAGCAUUAAAAAUUCAUCUUAACCUUUUUAACAUAUUUUUCUUCUCAUCACACAAAGAACCCGUCGUAUUCAUAAGUCACUAUUAACAUAGACACCAGCACAAAUCACAUCCCACCGCUGCGUUACCAAUAAAUUUAAAAAAAAAAAAAAAUGGGGCUUAAAACAAGAAAAUUAGCAAAACAAAAAUAUUUAAAUCAAAUUGUUUUUGCCAUAAUUGCCUUAUUUUUACUUAUCAUUACUAUUUAACAAUAAUAACUUCUGUACUUAUGACUUUACCCUGUAAAUUUUUGUCCUUUUUUUGUUUUUAAGUUAAAUAAAAUAAAAAUUGUGCUACUGUCCAUGUUUGUUAACGUUAAUUGGGAUUGAUUUAUUUGAGAGUUCAAUACAAAGCGAUUGAAAUAUUUAAUUUAUAAUAUUUAAAAAAUGAUAAAAGAAGCCUUAUUCUUGUCAUUAAGAAAAAGCUUUCAGUAGUUUUAGUUAUUAAGAUCUAGGUACUGUUAAAUAGUACCAUUGUAUAUAAAAAUACAAUUGUAGUAAAACAGAUUUUUUUAAAAAUCACAAUGGAUAUAAAAAAAACUUUUUGACUUACAUUCCAAAUACGAUUAUGGUAGUGAUUUAGUUCGAAGACUUGUUUUAGAAUUUUGUAAUGAUCAGAGAUAUUUUUAAAAUGACCCUUUAGAUGUUUGAAAUCCAUUUAAAAGGUAAAUUGUAUCAUUUUGAGCAACUCUUAAAAAAAAUUAUAAAAGAAAAAAGGCCUAAAUCUGUAAAUCUAAAUUUCUCCUCUGUAUUAAGAAAAUAUUUAAAAAAAAUUAAAAUGAUGCUAACUAGUCUUAACUUCCAUUUAUUAUUUAAAAAAAUAAAAAUAAAAAAAACUUUUGGUUGAGUCAGUAGUGACUAAAUAACACAACCAUAUUUUUGAUUAUGUGCUUAUUUAUUGCAAGUAUUUUAAUUAUUAUAUGUGUUAUCAAUUGUUUAAUUUAAUUGUAUUUUAUAUUUUGGAAUAUAUAUAUGCAGUGUAUGCUGGUCUUGAAGUGAGAUAAUUGAGAAAAACUAAUUAUUAGAUCAACUUUUACCUAGCUUAUAUACAAGUAUAUAUAGAAAAAUAGAUAUACAUUUUUUUAUGUUUAUCUUUUAAACGGAUAAUGGCUACUUUGUAAAAAAUUAAGGAAAAUGGAAUAACAAAAUAAUAAAUUGUGAAACUUUUCCUUGCGGGGUGAUGAACCCAAGAAGUAAAAUUGUUUUUCAGUAUUUUACAAGGUAUUGUGCAUUUUGACAAAUAUGUUAUUGAAUUUACCUUGUAUAGAAUUUAUAUAGCUAGCUUUUAUUUAAUACAUUCAGAAGUUGCAAUAAAUUGCUGGUGUGAAAUUGUUACAUAAUGAAAACUGUAAUUGUUGAAAUUGUUAAAAAAAAGCAAAUAAGUGUAGUUUUCCUUAUUGCUAUUUUGUGAGAUUUAUAAGAUUGUUUUUUUAAUUGUUAUUUUUUAAAAUUAGCUUUUCAAAUAUUAAUAUGACUUUUUCAAAUAGUAUAUUUUUCUCCUUGCGGUAAGUUGAGGUAUAAAGGGGAAGAAAAAUAAUAUAUUCGGGUAAAUGUGUAUUGUUAGCUGAUUGAAUUUUAAUGAACUUGUUAACAUUAGACCGAACAACGCUUGAAAAGUGGAGAACGGCUAUUUUAAAACUUUUGCUUUCGUGUAGUGCUACAUUACAAUAGAAUUUUGAACAAUUAAUAAAUAUUUAACCAAUUUUAUGAAUAUAUUUCUAUAAACAAUCUUUAAAAAAAAGAAAAAACAAACCAAAGUUGUUAUUUAGAUGUAAAUGUUUAAUCUUUAGCUGUUUUUAACUUAUAAGUUUCAAAAACAAAGAAAUAAAGAAAAACUGAAAGGUAAGGCAAUAUUCUAAUUUCAAUUUAUGUAGUACUUUAACAAGUACACUAAAUAUUAUAUAAAUUUGUAAUAGAAAUCAUAAUGUAUUAAUUAUAUUAUUUCUACUUAAAUUUAGCCUAGUAUCAUGCACAUGCAUAGUAUAUUGUUUGUAACAAAAUACAAAUUAUAAAUUUAAAAAAUUGCCAACAUUGAGAACUAAACUGAUAGUGCUGUCAGAUAUUAUAAAUAUAUAUACAGAGUCAAUACUAA